CCGAUCCACGUCGGCGCCCAGCCCCGGGCCAGGCCGCGCACCCCGUCAUCCUGCAGCGUCACGCUGAAGCCCCUGAAGAGGCCGCCGUACUUGUGGGGGUCCACCUGCUGGCGGCACUUGACCAGGUCGAGGGGCACGAUGAGGGUGUGCGUCAGCCCGCAGCUCAGCAUCCCGCCCAGCCCGCACAUCAGCAGAAUGGAAACAACGACAGGCAUUCAACUAAGAUUUAUUUGUAAAACUCUGACAGAUUGGGAAUUACAGAGUUCCUUAAACUGUCUCUUAAAAUAAAUAUUUUUGAUUUAUCUGGCAAGUUAAAGGGGAAAAAUCAACAAUCCCCCAACCUCAUUAAACUAACACAUCUCAAUUUGAAUUUACCUUACUUUAAGUCCUAAAUAGCCACAUGGGGGCAUGGACAUGGUAUUGGACAGCUUGGGUUUAAUCUAUGCUUGAAGAGCCUAAAGCCAUGCGAAAGAUUGUGCCGCUGAAUCAAAUCUUCAAUUGGAAGUGGCCUUGAAUAACAGAAAAAGGCUUUAGGAACCUCUUUUCGGCUUUCCAGUUUCUAGUCAGCUCAAAAUGGCGACCAUUUCCUAUUCUCAAGCAGCUGGUGAGAACGGCAAAGCACAGCUGCACGGGGAACCUCAGGAAAAUCAAAGCGGACACCAGGCCUUGCUUCCACCGUCCUGCCACCAGGACAGAAUUGCAGAGAAAGGGGAAUUUAAAAUGCACACGGGUUAGCCAGAAAGACUUUUGGGUGUUACAAAUUUGUAUCAAACAAGAAAAUGGAUUAUUUUGGCUGCUUUAUAGGGAUAACAAAAUUCAUGAAGGUUAAGCAACCAUUCAAGCUCAUGCUGUUUCACUUUAAAGCAUUCUAAGUAUGCUUUACUUGGAAGUCAACAACAGCAACACGCCGUCUUCCAGAACUGCAUUCCUAUACCAACAAGAUUCUUACGCAUAGGAAUUACUAUAAAGGCGCACCCAUGGUGAAGAUCACACUGCACUGAGCUCUGGAGAAUAUUCUGGAAGCAUCACUGAAUGGCAUCCUCUCUGUCGGGAGAGAAAUGAAAUUCAGCAGACGCAGCAGUUUUUGGAAGGAGAAACGGCUUAACUCUUAGAAUGUUUUUUGCUGGAGUGGGUUUAUUGAGAGCUGCGUCCUCUGGAGCUUUUUAAAUCUGUGGACCGUUGAAUAUCAUGCCGCCUUUUUUUUUUUUUUUUUGAAGUUACAAAAUACUCUGUGGGGUGACAGGCAUGGAAAGUUUGGAAAAUUAAAUGCUUAAAACUUCAGAUAAUCCAGAUGACAUACAUGCAAUAGUAUUCCAUGAAGAAUUUAUCCAACCCAAUCCCUUGCAUCUCAUUAGCCAAAGCACAGACUCCAAAUUUUGCACCCCCAAAAAGAAGGUAAAAUGCAAGGGUCUUACAGCAGCUCCUGGACGUGCUGAGAGCCGCUUUGUUACAAGUGUAUCCAAUGUCCCCAGCACCAGAGACUUGUGGGGCACUGCUCAUUUCUGCUCCAUUCGCUCUGCAGCUCCCAGCGGUGGUGGUUGUGUUGUGAAGGCAGACCCCGCCAAGCUGGCCGACAAGACGCUGCGCACCCCCAAAUGCUCGCGGUGCCGGAACCAUGGCUUCCUGGUGCCGGUCAAGGGCCAUGCGGGCAAGUGCCGAUGGAAGCAGUGCACCUGCGAGAAGUGCUACCUGAUCACGGAGCGCCAGAAGAUCAUGGCUGCGCAGAAGGUGCUCAAGAAGCAGGCCUCCGAGGAGGAGCAGGAGGAAGCCGUGAGCGCCCAUGGGUCCGAGCUGGCCCCCGGGGCUGCGGCUGCUGCCCCAGGCGCAAGCCUUCGCCCGCUGCCUCUGCUUGCCGCCUCGGGGGACGUGGAGCUGGGCCGCGACAGCCGCGUGGUCCCCGGCUUUCCUGAGAGGCCCCCGCGUGGCCCAAGCCCUGGCCCGAGCGCCUUCCAGCCAGUUCUGGGUGUCCACGGCCACGUGGGGCUGAGCAGCCGCCCCGCGCCGGCCGUGCCCAGGCCUGUGGGGCCCUUGCUCGGGGCCGAGGCCGCCGGCAGGGGAAGCCCCGGCCGCCUGGAGCUGCGCAGGCCGCUGCGGCCCGUGCCUAGCCCGCCGUUUGCUGACUUCGGGCUUUCUCUGAGCAUCAAUUCAGAGUGUGUGGUGGGCUCUGAGUUCCUGGAGAGAGAGCCUUCCAAGCUGUACCCCAGCUGCUCCAGUAUGCAUUCCUACCGCCCGUUCCCUCUGGGCUACCAGGAUGCAUCCUCGACCUCGGGGGUCCCUCUGCAACGUGGCUUCCGGCAUGUGUCUUAUAGCCAUUACCAUGGAGGAAGCUUGGUGUCAGAGCCAGCGGGGGAUUUUCCACCGAGCUACUACCCGCCCCCCCAGACUCCCCCCCAACUCCUGCCCCCAGGCUUCCUUGCUGCGCUCCACCUCCUGCCACCGCCACCGCCGCCCCCUCCACCGGCCGCCUUCUCGCUGACCCUCCUGGCGGACACGGACAGGGAGACCGCUGAUGACCAGGAUGCGGAGGUGUUGGGGGAGCCCAGCCAGCCGUCAUCUCGGGAGCAGUCUGACUAGGCCCAAGCCCUCGGGCCAGCAGAGUGGGCCCUUAGGGGUGUGACAGGAGUUUGUUUCUAUUCAUUGAUGUGCAAGGAGGAAGGAUAGUGAUAGGCAUAAGGUAACAGUUAAUUUCCAUUUAAGUUAGGAGGAAAAAGGGUGAUUUCUCAGGCUCUCUCUGUCCUGAGAUUGUGGAGGAACGUAGAGGAUGAAGUUACCAAGGAAGGGCCAGGGCUCUGAGCACUGGGGGGGCUGGUGGAAGCUCACAUUUAGGAAUGAAUUUUACCAUCUCUGGGUUGUGCUACUGUUUCUCAGACUCACACCGCAGAGGUGGUCUUUGAUUUCUUCAGGCCCCACUCCAGGACAGGAGGCACCAUCUAUUUCAGCCUUCUGCUUCUGCCACCUCUGCUUGGUCCCCAGCUCGGGGCAGCAUAGACAUCAAGCUUCCAGCACAUUCUGGAAGCUGGUGCGAGCAGCCAGGACCAGGGCAUUGACAGCGGGUUCUGCAGCGUCCUUCCUGCUGCUCGUCUCCCUGGCCACAGCCUCUUGCCUUCUCCAAAGGGCUUUCUAGUAAGCAUCCUGCCCGUUGGGGCUACUUCACCUCACCUCCAUGAAGUUCAAGCCACUAUUGGCAUCAUUUUUUGUUCAAAAAAACUGUAAAGUUUGACUAUUUUGAUGUUUUUAUAGUGAUCGCCAACUUUAAAAAGUAGGCUGUUCAUAAGCACUGAUGCAGUUCUCAGAAUAGUGCUUCCAAAUCACCUAUGAUGUCAGCAGUUUCUUCUCUGGGGACAGUUGACUUGAAAUAAAAUGAGCAGUGAA